CCCUUCCGGGAGUGCGGGAGCGGCGGCGCCGAGCGGGGCGGGCGGAGGGGGCGAUGCUGUCGCGGGCGGGGAUCCGGGCCCGGCCCGGCCUCGGGCUGCUGCAGCACUCCCAGCAGCUAAAGCGUGCAGCACGGCUGGCCCCAGCUCCGUGCCGCUGGAACUCCGGGCUGCCCAUGAACAUCGGGGUGCUCUUUGUGCCACAGCAGGAGGCCUGGGUGGUAGAGAGGAUGGGCAAGUUCCACCGAAUCCUUGAGCCUGGUUUGAACUUCCUCAUCCCUCUCCUGGAUCGGAUUCGUUACGUUCAGAGUCUCAAAGAAAUCGUCAUUAAUGUCCCAGAGCAGUCAGCUGUCACACUGGAUAACGUCACCUUGCAGAUUGAUGGUGUGCUCUACUUGCGGGUUAUGGACCCCUACAAGGCCAGCUAUGGGGUGGAAGAUCCUGAGUACGCAGUGACCCAGCUGGCCCAGACUACCAUGAGAUCUGAACUUGGCAAACUUUCCCUCGACAGAGUCUUCCGGGAGCGGGAGUCCCUCAAUGCCAGCAUCGUGGAUGCCAUCAACCAGGCUUCAGACUGCUGGGGCAUCCGGUGUCUGCGCUACGAGAUCAAGGACAUCCACGUGCCCCCACGUGUGAAGGAAUCCAUGCAGAUGCAGGUGGAGGCAGAACGUCGGAAGCGGGCAACUGUGCUGGAGUCAGAGGGGACGAGGGAAUCAGCUAUCAAUGUGGCUGAAGGCCAGAAGCAGGCCCAGAUCUUGGCAUCAGAAGCUGAGAAGGCCGAACAAAUCAACAAAGCUGCUGGAGAAGCCAAUGCCAUGCUGGUCAAGGCCAGGGCCAAGGCAGAGGCAAUUCAGCUCCUAGCAGCUGCUCUGGCACAGCAGCACGGCAAUGCUGCUGCCUCCCUGUCUGUGGCAGAGCAGUAUGUGAACGCUUUCUCCAAGAUUGCCAAAGACUCCAACACCGUUCUGCUGCCCGCCAACACCGGCGAUGUCACCAACAUGGUCGCACAGGCCCUGGGGAUCUACACCACACUGACCAAGCCACAAGCUGUGAAGACCCAAGAUGAGAUGCCCCCAGCCCACGAGAACUCCCACUCUCCUGCCACAGAGGUGCUGAAGGCAGAACAGGGCAGCUCCAGCUAACAGGGCUGGAAGGAUCUCAUACCCUCUCCUGAGGUGUGCUAGCAGUCCUGUUCUGCUGCAGGCAGUCGCUCUUGUUCCCUUAGUCCCUAUUUUGUAUUGGAUUUAAAUCAUGUAAUAAAUGGUAACAGUGCUGCUGCAGCACGUUCCCUCGUGCUUGGGUGCUUGACCCCAGCAUUCAGUGACGAAGGGGGAUCAUCCCUCCUCAACAGGCUCCUGCUGGGAUCUCCCAUGGACAUGCAAUGACAUACAAGAGUGAAAAACAAGAUAUUCUGAAAAAAAUUCUUUCUGUGAGCGUGGUGAGGUGCUGGCACAGGUUGUUCUGGGAAGUUGUGGAUGAAGCUCAGAGCAACCUGGUCAGGUUGAAGGUGUCCCUGCUCACAGCAGGGGGGUUGGAACUAGAUGAUCUUCAAAGUAACUUUCCAACCCAAGCUACUUUAUGAUUCUGUGAAUUUGGGAACCCCACUCUUACGAAGGAUGCCUCUCCCAGUGCAUCGCCUCUCUGGGAGUGUGAGCUGCUCUCAUCAUCCCAUCCUCUGUCAGCUCCCAGAAGCUGCCCCUACAGUGUAUGACUGUGCGUUCUCUACAGCGAGCUCCUCACAGCACCCAGCACAGGGCGGGGAGUGCCUCUGUCGAUUAAUUAAUUAUUUGAUUAAUUAAAACAACACUUUCGCCGUUA